AUGUCAAAUUCUCCUAUAAACGCCUCAUUCCGCAUCCUCUUCUCUCCCCACCCCCACUUUACCCCACUCCUCCCUUCCGCUGCUCCCCCUCAGAUGUAUUCCAACACGCCUGCCGAUUUCGACUUUAAGCUCCGCAGCAUGGCGCCACCCUUCCCCUCCCUGCCUGCAUUCGCGGCACAUCUGUCAGAAGCAGUUGACAUUGUGUUUCCAGUCAUCCAUGGGAAAUUUGGCGAGGAUGGGGGCAUACAGGCACUGCUGGAGCAACACGGCAUUCCCUUUGUCGGCACUUCCUCUGCUGCUGCACGCAAUGCAUUUGACAAGGCAUCUCAAAUCCCCCCUCGUCUCCUUUCCCCGGUGUUUCCUGCAGUAUGCGUGCAUCUCAAAUCCCCCCUCGUCUCCUUUCCCCGGUGUUUCCUGCAGUAUGCGUGUGCACAGCACAUGAAGCAUUGCGGCUUUCCCACCCUCCCCUCCUUUCUCAUCCAGGCUGGGGUAGAUGGCAACGAUGGUGACGUGGCGCUUGCUGAUUGGUUCACCUCCAACGGACUCUCACCAGCCACCGGCUCUGUUGUGGGUGUGGACGAUAGGGUGGUGGUGGAGGUGUUUGCAGCAGGGGGCAAGGAGUUUACUGCCAUCGUGUUGGAAGCACCAUCCCCUACUCUCCCUCCUCUCCCCUGCUUCCUCUCCAUUGCCCCCCUGUGUGCCCCUACCCAUCACAGUUGUGUGGACGAUCGGGUGGUGGUGGAAGUGUUUGCAGCAGGGGGCAAGGAGUUCACCGCCAUUGUGUUGGAAGCACCAUCCCUUCCUCUCCCUCCUCUCCCCUGCUUCCUCUCCUCUGCCCCGUGUCCGCCCGGUGUGGACGAUAGGGUGGUGGUGGAGGUGUUUGCAGCAGGAGGCAAGGAGAAUGUGGACGAUAGGGUGGUGGUGGAGCUGUUUGCAGCAGGAGGCAAGGAGGGAGUAGACGAGCGGGUGGUGGUGGAGGUGUUUGCAGCAGGAGGCAAGGAGUUCACCGCCAUCGGUGUGGACGAUCGAGUGGUGGUGGAGGUGUUUGCAGCAGGAGGCAAGGAGUUUACCGCCAUUGUGCUGGAGUCAUCAGUAGCAGAAGCAGCUGGGAACGGCACCCGUGGUGCAGUGUGCCUCAUUCCCACGCAGUCGACUCAAAAGUCACCAGGAGGCAAGGGGUUCCCUGCAAUUGUGUUGGAGGCAUCAGCAGUAGCUGUUGCUGGGGCUGCGGGUGAAACAUAUGCGCCUUUUGAGGCGCCUCAAAAGCUGUUUCUGGGGCUGCGGGUGGAGUUGACAGGCUUUGCUGCUUCUCCUGCCACCACAUCAGCAGCAGCAGCAGCAGCAACUGAAGGCGCUGAUUCUGACAGUGAUAGCAGUGGGGAUAUCUUCGACUAUAGACGGAAGUACCUUCCCACUCAGCAGGUUCUCUACUCCACGCCGCCCCGCUUCCCCCCAUGCAUCCUCUCCUCCCUCCGCGCCUCAGCCACUCGCCUCUUUUCCUCACUCUCCCUCCGAGACUGCGCCCGCCUCGACGGAUGGUUCCUCCCUCCUUCCUCCCCAGCUUACGCCCGCGUGCUGGCGGGGCUAAGAGCUAGCACCGACAAUUCACGAGGUGGAAACAAGGAGGAUAACGAGGCAGCUAAUAACGAGGACAACCAGCAGGGGGAGGAGUGGGAGGAGGAGUAUAAGGAGGGGAUUGUGGUGUUCUCGGAUGUCAAUAUUGUUAGCGGCAUGGAGCAGACGUCUUUCCUCUUCCAGCAGGCUGCUUUGGUGGGGCUGUCUCACUCGUUGAUCCUUCGCUGGAUCCUCGCGUCUGCCUGCUCCAUAUACGGCCUUCCCCUCCCUCUCCACCCCGCUCCGGCUUCUCCUGGCAUCGAGGGAGUGCGAGAGGAGGGAGGUGGAGGCGAGGCAGGUGAAACGGCAGGGAGGCGGCAGCUGGUGUGGGUGUUAUUUGGGGGCAGCACAGCAGAGCGCCAGGUGUCUCUUAUCAGCGGAACUAAUGUUGUCUCAGAGCGCCAGGUGUCUCUCAUCAGCGGAACCAACGUGUGGCUCAAGCUCAGGGCGUGCCUGCAGGCAUCUCUCAGCAGCGGCACCAACGUGUGGCUCAAGCUGAGAGCCUGCCCGCAGUUUGACGUGCAACCGUUUCUCCUGUCUCCGUCGCACGACAGCAGCAGCAACACUGCCAGGACAAGCAGCAACAGCGGUGACAUCUCUGGGAGAAUACUUCUGAAGCUUUCCCCCCUCCUUCCAUCCCUUCUCCUCAUCACCUAUCUCUUCUCCCUCUCCCACAGUUUGACGUGCAACCGUUCCUCCUGUCUCCCAUCUGCUCUGGUCCCUCCUGUAAGCAUCUGCUCUGGUCCCUCCCGUAAGCAUCUGCUUUGGCACUGCGCUGAACUCGUGGGGAGCGGUGCUGCUGAUGCGGAUAAACCCUCUUCACCUGGUGGUGCUGAUGGUGUUGCUGCUGGCGGUGGUGGUCGCUUUGGGGAUGUGGAUGUGCGUGUGCCGCCGAGACAGAUGUCGCUCCGUGAUUGGGUUGCUGCUGCAAAGGCGCAAGGCGCAGUUGUCUUCAUCGCAGUCAUGUCUAAGCUCAUAGUUAGAAGGGCUCAGCAGUGUUUUCCUGCAGUCAUGUCUUGUCUCUCCGUUUUUGCUCUUCCCUGUCUUCUCCCCUCUGUUACCUCUUUCCUCGUCAACCCCUUUGCUCGCCUAUGCCUCCGUGCACUGCAGUCAUGUCUUGUCUCUCCGUUUUUGCUCUUCCCUCUCUUCUCCCCUCUGUUACCUCUUUCCUCGUCAACCCCUUCCCUCAGUGCACGGAGGCAUAGGCGAGGACAGCACACUGCAGCACCCCGCUUCCCCCCCCUUUUUCCCCCCUCCCCCCGCCCCUUAUUGGAGCAUGAGGGAAUGCCCUUCAUUUCACUUCCCCCCCCCCUUUUUUCCCCCUCCCCCCUAAACCCUCCUCCAGUGCAUGGAGGCAUAGGCGAGGACAGCACACUGCAGCACUUGUUGGAGCACGAGGGAAUGCCCUUCACCUUCCCACUCUCCCUUCCCUCGUUUCCCCCGUCCCCUCCAAACCCUCCCCCCAUGCACGGGGGCAUAGGCGAGGACAGCACACUGCAGCACUUGUUGGAGCACGAGGGAAUGCCCUUCAUCUUCCCAUUCUCCCUUCCCUCGUUUCCCCCGUCCCCUCCAAACCCUCCCCCCAUGCACGGGGGCAUAGGCGAGGACAGCACACUGCAGCACUUGUUGGAGCACGAGGGAAUGCCCUUCAUCUUCCCACUCUCCCUUCCCUCGUUUCCCCCGUCCCCUCCAAACCCUCCCCCCAUGCACGGGGGCAUAGGCGAGGAGGACAGCACACUGCAGCACUUGUUGGAGCACGAGGGAAUGGCCUUCAUCUUCCCACUCUCCCUUCCCUCGUUUCCCCCGUCCCCUCCAAACCCUCCCCCCAGUGCACGGGGGCAUAGGCGAGGACAGCACACUGCAGCACUUGUUGGAGCACGAGGGAAUGCCCUUCAUCUUCCCACUCUCCCUUCCCUCGUUUCCCCCGUCCCCUCCAACCAAACCCUCCCCCCAGUGCACGGGGGCAUAGGCGAGGACAGCACACUGCAGCACUUGUUGGAGCACGAGGGAAUGCCCUCCAUCUUCCCACUCUCCCUUCCCUCGUUUCCCCCGUCCCCUCCAAACCCUCCCCCCAGUGCACGGGGGCAUAGGCGAGGACGGCACAUUGCAGCACUUGCUGGAGCACGAGGGAAUGCCCUUCACUG